GUCAGGACCGCCUGCUCAGUGCAGGCCGCUCGCGACGGCGGCAUGGAGAAGGAGGGGGCGGUCCUUUUCGGCCCCCGCAAACCUGUGUGGGCGUGCUCAUGCGGGAGGGCGGCCAACUGGGCCAGCAGAGUGCAGUGCCUAUGUGGGAAGGCGGCGCCGCAGCGAGUUGUCAAGGCAGCACGUAUGGCGCACGCUGCAGCAAUCAAAGACAAAGGCGACGGCCGAGGCAGAAAGAGCGAAGGCAGGGGCAAAGGAAGUGACGUCUCUGCAGCUGCGCAGCUGUCCGCCAAAGUUGACAAGCUCAUGGCAGCGAUCGAGGAGGACCCAGUGUGGCCGAAGCUUGGUGGAGGUACGAGCGGAG